AUGGAAGCAUCAAGGCAGCAUCAUCGAUCCUUGGCCAGCAGCGACUGGUGCUUGGAUAUUGACGCGCCCAACUUGGCGUUUAAUUGUUACACGCCUCCCGAUGAGCCCGUAGAUGUCUACCGGCCCAAGAACUGUGACACUGAAUAUGGACCAUUCGUCGUUCAAGGUGGUGAUUGUUCCACCCAUACCGGUAGUAGUGCUGAUCAAGGCAUUAAGAAUGAUGAGGAGAAAGCAACGGUACUCCAGCAAGACAACCCCAAGCAAUCCGUAACUAUCGCACAGGACCACUCCAACAGUUAUACCGGCAACACAGAGGAGGUGCUUCACGCCUAG